UGGUCGUUGGUACAGUGUGAAAUUACAUGUGAAAUUUGUUUGGCCCCCACACCAAACAGCAAAUCCCAAAACUACCCACUCUGUUAGAACUUAUACGUCCUUUAGCGGACGUGUUAUGUCCAAAACCAAAACUCCUCCUAAAUGCUUUGAUUUUUGGUUGGAUUUUUACUAAGGGCGCGCCGCGUCAACCCCCAAUCCCCAUUCUUCGGCUCCCUAAUUUAAUCCACUUUCCACUUACCCAUUCCUUUAUAUAUGCUUUCCCCACCCUCUCCUCCUUUUCCCCAUUUCUUCUUGUUGACACAGACUUCUCUACUUUUUCUUGGUUCCUCACUGUUCCGGCGCCAGAAGAACGUUUGAGUUCUACACGGUUUGAAGCUCUUGGAAUUUCACCGUAGAUAAAAAACUUUUUUGGUCUCAAAGGCAAUGGAGGUAUACGGCAAAACCAUGGCUGCUGCCCCUGCAAAUGUUAUUUAUUUGUCUACUAUUCUAGGCCGUGACGGGCCUUUUCCUGUUCACAAAUGCGAUUGUAAAUGCCAAAAUGAACAUGUUUGUGGCAACAUGUAUCGCUGCAAACUAACAGGAAUCACACAUAUCUGUGACAAGAACUGUAACCAGAGAAUUUUGUAUGAUAACCAUAGUUCCCUUUGCCGGGCAAGCGGCCAGGUCUUUCCGCUUUCUCAAGCUGAGGAACAGGUGAUCAGAGGCGUCAGGAGGAAGCUUGAUGCUGACAAUUCCCCACCCUCUGAUAGCUGUGGUUUUAAGCGCAGACGUGAUGCGCAGAUUCGUCCUUCUCCUUUUGAGAGAUCUUUCUCUGCUGUUAGUCCCAUCUGCAGCCAAGUUGGAGAUGGCAUGGACUUGAGCUAGACUAGUUUCGAAUUUAGAUUACAUAUACCACAUCCUAUUCUUAACCUUAAGGACUUUUUAUCUUGUUUCACUUAUCUAGUUCCCAUUGGAACUUAUUUCAUGGGACAAAUAUGGAUAAAUGGAUGAAAGACCUGAUGAUGGUAGAUAGUUCUACCUGCCUGUAGGAAGAACAUUUUUAUUUCUUACCUUCUCUUAUGCUAUGUAGCCCUUUCCUAGCUUAAUUUUGAGAAAUCAAAUUUACUUCACUUUUUCUCCAA